CGUAUUGGGUCGCUGACAUAUGCUAUUAGUAAACUUGGGGUGCUUAGGUUCUCAGGAAAUGCAGCCACUCAGGUCUUGACUGUUUCACAUUGGGCAGGAUGCUGAGCCGCCUGCAGGAGCUCAAGAAGGAGGAGGAAACUCUUCUCAAGAUUAAGGCUUCUCUGCACGAUCAACUUAAUAGGUUAAAGGUUGAGGAGCUGGCCUUGCAGUCAAUGAUCAGUGCUGGAGGGGAGCAGGAUCAACAGAUUGAAUCUGAGGCAUCCGACGAAGGUGAGCAGAAUGUGGAUGAUGAAGCUGUAAUAAAUCAAACAGAACUUCAGCUCAGCACUCUGGAUUAUUCUCAGGAUCAGGAAGAGAUGGAAGAGGAGGACUCGGACACAUAGAGAAAUCCAAUUGUUACUCAAGAAAAAGAUUGUUCCUAUGGUGUGUUCACAAUGGAGCUUCAUGGGAAGGGAAUCAGACCAACUACAGCCCCAUUUCCAAAGGAUUGUUUGUAGCAUGUGGUUUGAAAUGUUAAAUUUCAGUCCUGUAUUCCCUAGUUACACAAAGGAGCAACUUAGGUUAAUGAGUUUGUAGUGCAGUGUCUGACCUUUAUUCACCCAUUGAAGGGGAUACAAGAUCUUUAUUCAUUCAUAUGCCUUCAAUUUAAAGGUGCUUUGCAAGUUUACCUAUAAUCCAAAGGAUUGAACUCAGUCAUUUCGACUGGUUCUGUUUCCCAGUGCACUGAAUUCUCUUGUAACUGAAAGAUACAGUCAGCGUCUAACAUAUGGGGGGGCAGCAUCCUAGUAUUUAACUUCUGUGACCUCUGGCACUAAAGCAUUUAUUGGAACUCAGGAUGGUGUGUACAAAUGAUGGUGGCAGAAGAAAAUCUGGGCUUAAAUACUUUUGCCAAAUCUAAAAUAUAUGGGAUGUGGACCUUUGAAAACGUGUGGUAUACUUUUUAUAUCUGAGUUGUAACUUUUUUUCCCCCUUGUCUUUUUUUUUUUUAUUAUUCUAUUCAGCGUUUAGAAAAAGCACAUACCAGUUUUGUAUGAACAGAAUUUAGUCUGUAUUAGUAGCUGUACAAAGAGCGUUGGAUCGUUACUCAUGGGUAUUAUUCAGGGCUUUUAUUUGUUGAUAUAAUAUUAACACCUUUCAAUUGCCACAUGUCCAAGCACUGAGAUUCUGGAAUGUGAAUAAAUUGUGUAAAUAUUUUAAA